AUGGCGGACAGUAAAUUAUGUGCUGGUUGUCAGCGUAGUGAUGAAGACAUCACAGCUGUAUCUUGGUGUUGUGACUGCAGGGAACUUGUAUGUAAGGCGUGUUCCAGAGUUCACGAAAGGAUUUCCCCGCCUCACAAGAUAAUACCAACGCAAGAGAUACAACAACUGAGUUCGUCACUUCUUACAUUGUCAAAGAACUGCGAAAAUCAUCCAGAUGAAAAGAUUGCACUGUACUGUUGUCAACAUGACAAGGCAGUCUGCAAGUCAUGUGUUCCGGUAUCACAUCAGAAUUGCAAGUCUGUCAUUUCAAUUGAAAAAGCUGCUAGAGGCGUGAAAGAUGGUACCGCUAUUUCUGAUCUAGAGAGAAGGAUUUCGAACCUAUGUCAAGUUACAGAGAACAGACGAAGUCAAAGUGAGAAAACACUCGUAGAUUUGGACGAAAGUCGUUCCAAAAUAAAGACAAGGGUGUCUGAAAUCAAACGGAAAGUCAUUGCUCAUUUAGAUACGUUAGAAGCAGAGAUACAUAAAGAUAUUGAUUCUAAGUAUACAAAUUGUACUGAGAGGGUGUCCCGAAACAGAAAUAUCAUACAAUCCAGCUCAGACUCGCUGUCUACAUGGAAAAGUGAUCUAAAUUCACUGAGGCAACACACAUCAGAAGUUCAUUUAUUCCAGGUGGUAAAAUUUCUAGAUGCAAAAACGUACCAGAAAGAAUUAGAAAUCAGAGAAAUCCAAACAGCUACUGUUCCGAUACUUAAAUAUCAUCCGUCAGAAUCUGAGUCGAAAAUUAAGAAACUAGUCCCAGACUUGGGUACAAUAACGGUAGAAAAUGUUCAAGUCCAAAUACCUGUACUAGAUAUUGAUCAACAAGGUCAAUUUCUAGUGAAAGACAAAAGAAAGUUAUCACUGUCACAUUCAUUCCAGACCACGGAAUUAGAUAAUGAAGUACGUAUCUAUAGGGGAUGCUUUAUGGCUGCUGAUAGGUUACUCCUCUGUCACAACAGGGGCAAACAACUUUUUGUUUGUACAGUUGAUGGAUCGAACUCCAACGUGAUUGAAUUGGAUUAUUCACCACUAGAUAUAAGCUUAUUUGACAAAAAUCAUGCUGUAGUAGCUGUUGGUGAUGCAGGUAUCCAGAUCAUCGACCUGACAUCAUUGAAGCCUGGAAGGAUAAUUGAAGUUGAAGGAAACUGUACGAGAAUCACCAGUUUAAAGGACAAGAUAUGGGUAAAAAAUCAAUCUCACACUAUAACCAUUGUGGAUAUUAAUGGUAAAGUUCAUAAAGUAUUACAAACAACAUUUGAUCCUUAUUAUAUUUGUGCCAAUCAGGAUGGUGAUGUCUAUUGUACUGACUUUGAUAAUAAUAAAUUAUUCUUAGUUUCUUCGGAUGGAACAGAACGUGAGAUAUACAUCAGUCCUGGACUGGAAGAAGUUGGUGAUGUAACCGUAGAUGACUGUGGGGAUGUGUAUUUAAGAGGAUGUUCACCAGACAAUAUACAUAAAAUAUCUAAUGAUGAACAGAAGCAUGACAUUGUCUUGACAGCAGACGACGGCAUUAAUGGACCGUUCUGUAUAUCUUACAACAAAGAAACAAAAGAACUGUUAGUUCUAAACGAAUAUGGUAGAUCUAUCAAUAUCUAUAAAACUUAA